AUGUCUGCCACCGUCGUGCUUGAACUAACCGACAAUCAACGCCAUGAUCAUCACAAUACUAACAGUGUCUCGACUCAGGCUCAGAUAAUCGGCAAUGUCUCAUUUCUACCGAACCAGCACGAAGCAAUAACCACAGCAACUACCCAAUCUGAACGUCUGCAUACUGUUCGAUCUAGAACAGCAAACACGAUCGAUAGAUCUAGCGAUGAGAUACACGACCAAUCGUCUCGGCUACCACUUCGGCGCCUCAUUCCCGCAUAUCUAUGUCUUUCAAUUAUCUACUUUACUUCUUCGCUGGACAUUAAUUCAGUUGCUUUGGCCCUGCCGAAUAUCGCCAGUGACCUUGGCGCCGGUAGCAGCAUUACCUGGGCCGGAACGGCCUAUUUGAUGGGCCAGGCCGCUUUUCAACCUCUGUACGGUCGACUAUCCGAUAUUUUCGGCCGUAAACCGCUCUUGAUGCUCUCCGUCGGCUUUCUCGUAUUCGGCGACAUUCUGUGUGCCAAUGCCCACAACCCUGCUUGGCUCUACGCGUGUCGUGCCAUAAGUGGCAUUGGCGGUGGUGGCAUCAGCUCCAUUAUAGCAAUCAUUGUCAGCGAUCUCGUGAGUCUUAAAGACAGAGGCAAAUACCAGGGAAUGCUUAAUGCUUCUAUUGGUGCUGGAUCAGCGGUAGGGCCGUUCAUGGCGGCAAGCCUGAUACAGAAGACAAAGAUUGCAGGGGCUGCGAGUUGGAGAUGGAUCUUUUACAUCCCCCCAAUCCUAGCAUGCGUUUCUGCAGUGGCUGCCAUGGCUUUUCUACCACUGACUUCUGUUACGGGGAGCUGGAGGGCCAAGGCAAGACAAAUCGACUGGAUGGGUCUUGCGGCGUCUCUGGUAGCGCUUCUUUGCAUUCUGGUACCUCUCAAUCUAGGCGGAACCUCUUGGCCAUGGCGCAGUCCUGAAGUAAUCUCCCUCAUGAUUGUUGGCGGCUUUGCAGUGGCUGCGUUCACCAUCAUCGAGACAAGAUAUGCACGCAUUCCUCUCAUACCUCUUCGGCUCUUCACCAACAGGGCCACCGCCAUUCUCCUCGUCCAGAGUGCUUUCUACAACAUUGUAUGGCAGGUGGACAUGUACUUUUUACCAGCAUAUUUCCAAGACGUUCGAGGAUUUAGUCCCUUGCAGGCUUCUGCGCUGAUGUUACCUAUACUUUUGUUUUCGAGCGUUUCUGGCGUUUUGUCCGGCCCGGCCAUGACUAUCUUUGGAAGGCAAGUCAAAUAG